CUGCAGCUGGAUGCGGAGGCGGCGCUGACGGGCCUGGAGGUGCUGCUGGGGCUGGCACACAACAACUGGGUGCAGGGCCGCCUGGCCAACCACCCCCGCCUGGCUGCCGGGCUAGAUGCGCUGCUGGAUGAGGACGCGGUGGUGACGCUGAGGGCGCUGCUGGAGACACAGCAGCAGCAACAACAAGGGGGAGGAGGCGGAGGAGGAGGAGGAGGAGGAGGAGGGGGGCAGGCUGCAGGCGGGGGCGGCGAGCUGCACACAGCACAGCGCCGCAGCAGCGGUGGUGGUGGAGGAGGAGGUGGAGGUGGCGGUGGUCGUAAUGCAACCCCUGCUGCUGCCGCCGCCUCAACCGCAAUGCAUGCAGGACACCCGCAUGCGCACCCCUUGCAGCCACCCCACCCGCAUGGCCGCGGCCCGAGUCCUAGUCCGCUGGGGCCGCAUGCCGGGGCCUCCACCUCCACAUCCCCUGCCGCUGCUGCCCCUGCUGCUGCCCACCUGCACAACCCCCAUCUGCCGCCCGGCACGCCUCCAGGGCUGUCCCUUGCCAGCAGCGCCUCCUCCCUAGCAGGGGCGGC